AAUGUCUACAUAUCAACCCCGCACACGAGAGAUGUUUAGCAUGUCAUGUUUUAUAUGUUCAUUAAUGCAUUUAUGAACUGUGCUUGCUUUCUCGUCUUGUGUAACUGCAUUGACCAUGUUUGGACUUUUAGCAUAUCGGUUGAUGACAACAUUCAAAGUUUCAAGUGGGAUAUUCCUUUGAGACGAAUACGUUUGUAAUUUUUUCAACAAAAUAAUAAUAAUAAUUGUACUCCAUGUUUAUGUUUGCUAUGUUGUUUAUGUUAUGAUGGCGAGAUAUCCCCUACUUUCUGAUCACUGAGCUGCAGUUUGCUACAGAAUGUUGUAGACAUAUUGACAUUUUUGGGAUGAAAAUGUUAAAUUUCUCCAUUAAAUUGUAUUUAAAUGGAGUAAGACAGGUUAUCCCAAAGUGAACACUUUUCAAGCAUCAGAAUAUAGUAGAGACCCAAGGAAAUACAGUACAGUUGUCAAAUAAAUGGUGCUUAGCUACAAUUGUACCUGGUGAAAUGGACCACUGCAAAUUCAGCCUACCUAAAGUUCAGUGACAUGGGUUCCUUCAGGGGGAUGGCUCAUAGUGCCAUGGGCCAGCGUCUGGUCGCCUGCCUCCUCAAUGUCUCAGAAGCCCGCAGGAAGGAAUUGGUGGAAACAGUGGCCAGGGCAGCUGUAUUUGACAGUAAUGGCGGACGGCGAGAAGGGACAACAGUGCUCAACAUCUUUAAUGACCAAGACUACAACCGCUCUGUCAUCACCAUCGUGGCCAGUAUUGACUGCAUCAGGGAGGCAGUGCUGUCUGCAUGUGAGCAGGCCUGUGGGCUGAUUGACAUGAGUGCCUAUGCAGGGGGCCACCCAACAAUGGGCGCUGUGGACCUGGUGCCCCUCUACCCUCUGGGAGAGGAGGUGGGACUGGGGGACUGUGCCAAGGAAGCUAGAGCGGUGGCUGCUGGGCUGACUGAACGGGUCAGUGGCACCAGUGCUUUCUUCUUUGGCUGGGCGGACUUACCCCAGCACCGAGGCCUGGCGCAGAGACGCAAGGAGAUGGGCUGGUUCAGGAAGAAUCCAGACACAGGAGCCAGCCGACCAGACAUGGGGCCCCUGCCACAGAAACGAUAUGGCCUCACAGGUAUCGGAGCUAGUCCCUACGUCAUGAACUGCAACGUCACCAUCGACACCCAGGACCUGGCUCUGGGGCGCAGCGUCGCCAUGGCGAUUAGGGAGUCUACUCCUGGGGGCCUACCAGGGGUGCAAGUGCUGGCCCUGCCACAUGAGGGUGCCGUGGAGAUAGCCUGCAAUGUGGAGAGCAUAAAGGGGAACCCUCCUAGCCAGGUUGGGGAGAGGGAAGAGCCAUGGCCCACCUUCAGUAUUGGUGGGCAGCUAUACUGCCAUGCCCCGGCAUCUCUUAUCACAGCCAGGGUGGCAGAGCUGGCAGGACGGCAGGGGGUGGCCACUAAGGGCACGGCACUGGUGGGGUUCACGCCCCGUGAGUGCAGAGUCCUGGCAGAGAGAGCUUUGUCAUUGGGCAUUGCCGAGUUCUGGAAAGAACGGAGCAGGGUACACAUGUAACCUUCCAAACUUUACUACAAAACCUCAACGUUUUGUAUUAUUCAGGUUGAUUGAACGAAUAAUGUAAAAGGACAUGCAAGCUGUUAUCAGCAAGGUUUACAGCGUAUGAAUUGCACAAAUGCACGACUAUUACACAACAGUUUUGAAUCUGUGGGCUCUGGAUUUGAUGUAGCACAUCUGAACAAGGAUAUUGUACAGAGCAUCUUAUUUAGUGUGGUGAUCAUGGUUGAAAACAUCAACGCCAUAGACCUUAACUGUGAUUGUCUUAAUAUAAGUACUUAUCAAGACUCAAAAUGGCCAAAUUACCUUUUUACUUUUUUGUAAAUCAUUCAACGAUGUCAAUGGGAGACGUGCGCAAAUUUCUUUGAUAAGCGUGCAUAUCUCAAGUCAGAAUAACACCGAAAGUGCUGCAAAAUGUUGCAAUUUAUUGCUCUAUUAACAGGUUAAUCCUUCUUUAUUUGACUUCUACUAAUCUGUAAAGAAUAAACAUGAUGACUUUACUAUAACUUUA